CAUCCAGGGCAGGGGCUCCUGGGGGUCCCAUGAGCCAUGGCAAUGUAUGUGGAGCAGAGCCUGAAUUCCCAAGCAUUGCUAGUGCUGGUUAACAGCAAGGUGCACUCGGUGCCACUGUGAUUCCCAAGGCAGCAGUGGGGUUGAUGACCUCCCUCUCUUAACCCAUUAGCAUCAUCUGCUGACCUAAAUUCCCCCAAAGUUUCGGCUGCAUGCAUCACAUGUUCCUUCCUGCUCCAGGCUGCACACACCCUCCAGCCCAGGCAGGGAUCUGCACAGCACUGGCAGCACUGCUCCUACUCAGGAACGUUUGCUCAUCCUGGAUGUGUGAUGACUUCAGUGGUACCUGAAAGCAGUGAGGAAAGAGAAAGGGGGAGGCUUCAGAUCAUUCCAUGCAACCUUGGCAACAUGGAUGUUGUUUCUUGAUCCACUCUCCUGUCUGAAUCACCUCCUUUUUCCACCCCCUCUUCUGCUCCUGUGUUGGGCAACAACCCACUUACAUCACUGCUGUGCCACAGAUCAUUACCAAUACCCUGAUCCAUGCCUGACCACUUCCUCUCUCCACCCUCAGGCUCCUCAGCUUGUAAUGCUUCUCCCCUCUUCCCAGUCAUGGUAAAAUGAGGGCUCUUUGAAGUUCAUCAGCUUCUUUGGUAAGACCCAGAUACCACUCAGGACUAGUCCAUCAGGAUGCUUUGGCAUCAUCAUCACUGAAACGAAUUAGCAACAGUUAUCUUUCCGUGCAUCGCUUCCUAUAAUAGAUCCAGGACAAGUUCACGGGCUCUUAUGGCAAAUGGGACGUAGGAAGGCUGCUGUGAUUGAGUGUGAUGGGCAGUGAAACAGGGACAGCUUGGAUGGGAGCAACAUUUCAUCACAGCACCAUGUCUGCUGCUGCAUGAGCUGCAGCUGUGCCAACACUGAUGGCAGGUGGAGAAACUGAGACAAGAGAUGGUUUAAGUGACCUGCCUAAGGCAAAAAGGGCAGGCACUGGCAGAGCCGAGGCUGAUACCUGUGCUCAUCUGCCAGGAAAUCCAGGGUGGGUUCUGUCCCCUUCACACAGCAUCACUUGUUAGCAUCACCUGAAAGUAGCUGGGGAAGGCUCAUGGGGAUCAGCAGUCCCUGGUGCUGGAGAAGCCACUCCCAGCGCCUGCCUCUGCGCACAGGGAAACUAUUUAGGGUGGAGAUGUUCUGGGAGGGCUCCCAGAGGCUGGAGGUGUCCGGUCUGUUAUACAGCAGGUGGGGGCAGCUCCAGUCACACUCUUGGAUUUGCUUGUUCUAUUUUUCUUAUGGGAAACAUUUAAAUGAUCCAGAGAUGAGCCACGCCAGACCCCGCUAUGCCAUCGAACGCCCCGCGUACUCGGUCAGCCUCUUUGAUGAAGAGUUUGAGAAGAAAAGCAGAAGUUAUCCUGUUGGGGACAAGUUGAAAAGCCUUUUCAGAUGUUCAGCUUCCAGAUUCAAGCUCAUCCUCUUCAGCCUGUUCCCAAUACUUGUGUGGCUUCCCAAGUAUAAAAUCAAGGAGUACAUCUUGCCUGAUGUUCUCGGUGGGGUCAGUGCGGGGACGAUCCAAGUGCCACAAGGGAUGGCUUUUGCGCUGCUGGCCAACCUACCUCCUGUCAAUGGGCUCUACUCCUCCUUCUUCCCUUUGAUAACCUACCUCUUCCUUGGUGGUAUUCACCAGAUGGUCCCAGGUACUUUUGCAGUCAUCAGCAUUAUUGUUGGCAACGUCUGCCAUGAGCUGGCUCCAGAGUCAGACUUCCAGUACUUCAACCACACUACCAAUGAGACCAGCGUGAAUACCACAGCCAUGGAAGCAGCCAGACUGGAGAUCUCUGCCACGCUAGCCUGCCUGACUGCCAUCAUACAACUGUGCCUGGGAUUCGUGCAGUUUGGCUUUGUUGCUAUCUACCUGUCAGAGUCUUUCAUCAGGGGCUUCAUGACAGCAGCAGGGCUGCAGAUCCUCAUCUCCGUGCUCAAGUACGUCUUCGGCUUGACAGUCCCAUCUUACACCGGGCCUUUAGCUAUCGUCUAUACAUUCAUCGAUAUUUGCAAAGGUCUGCCCAAAACCAAUGUGGCCUCCCUGGUCUAUGCUUUGAUCAGUGCUGUGCUCCUGAUCGUCGUCAAGGAACUCAACCUGAAGUACAUGAAAAAGAUCCGGAUGCCCAUUCCCAUGGAGAUCAUCAUUGUAAUAGUUGCAACUGCUAUCUCUGGCAGCUUUAAGAUGCCUGAAAAGUACAACAUGCCAGUGGUUGGGAAGAUCAGCAUGGGGUUCCCAGAGCCCACCCUGCCCCUUGUGAGCAAGUGGAAGGACAUGAUUGGCACAGCCUUCUCGCUCGCCAUCGUGAGCUACGUGAUCAACCUGGCCAUGGGGAGGACUCUGGCAGCCAAGCAUGGCUAUGAUGUGGACCCUAACCAGGAAAUGUUGGCCCUGGGCUGCAGUAACUUCUUUGGAUCCUUCUUCAAGAUCCACGUCAUCUGCUGUGCUCUCUCUGUCACUCUCGCUGUGGAUGGGGCAGGAGGGAAAUCACAAGUGGCGAGCUUCUUUGUGGCAAUGGUGGUUAUGGUGACCAUGCUCUCUCUGGGGAUUUAUCUUGAACCUCUUCCAAAGUCUGUCCUGGGAGCCCUCAUCGCUGUCAACCUGAAGAACUCCCUCAAGCAGCUGGCUGAUCCCUUCUAUCUGUGGAAGAAGAGCAAGCUGGACUGCCUGGUCUGGUUGGUGAGCUUCCUGGCUGCCUUCUUCUUGAGCCUGCCCUAUGGAGUCGCUGUGGGUGUGGGAUUUUCUGUGCUGGUUGUGGUUUUCCAUACCCAGUUCCGGAAUGGUUCUGCACUUGGCCAAGUAACAUCCAUGGACAUCUACAAGAAUCCUAAAGCCUACAACAAGGUACACGAAAUCAACGGCAUUAAAAUUGUGACCUACUGCUCACCACUGUAUUUUGCCAACUCAGAGAUAUUCCGCGAGAAGAUUAUAGCCAAGACUGGAGUGGAUCCUGGGAAAGUGUAUUUAGCCAGGAAGAAAUAUGUGAAAUGGCAGGAGAAGGGGAGAUCAAAACCAUCAACAAAGCCUCCAAAAUUCUUACUAAGGCAGAACAAGACCUUAUCCUUGCAAGAGCUCCAGAAAGACUUUGAAAGCACCUCUCCAACAGACACCAACAACAACCAGACGACUGCUAACGGCGCCAGCAUCUCUUACGUCACGUUCUGCCCUCCUGCCAAUGGUGCCGGGCAGGUUCACACCUCCAGUGAGCUGGGCAGCACCACCACUCUGCAAGGAAGCACCUUCAAGGCCACGUCAGCUGCAGAUGUUGACCCCAUGGCCACAGCACCGCCCUAUGUCAGCUUCCACACCAUCAUCCUGGACAUGAGUGGGGUGUGCUUUGUUGACCUCAUGGGCACAAAAGCAUUGGGCAAGCUGUGUUCCAGCUAUCAGAAGAUUGGGAUUAAAGUGUUCUUGGCAAACGUGCAUGCCCAGGUGUACAACGACAUCAGCACAGGUGGUGUUUUUGAAGAAGGAGGCCUGGACAGAAAGCACAUCUUCCUCACCAUCCAUGAUGCCGUUUUGUUUGCACUAGCUAAUAUCAAAGAAGUCGUCCACCCACCCAUCUUAGAAGAGAGGCCGAAUCAGACAGAGCUCUCCAUCUACGAUGAGUCUGUGGAUGAAAGCAGCUCAGAGUUCACAAACUUGGAGGAGGAGAUGUUUGGAAGCAUGUUCCAUUCAGAGACACAGACAGCACUGUGAGCCUCGUGCUGAUAAACCCUCCUGGACAGCCUCCUCUUUCUCAUCCCAUCGUGAAGAGCUGCACUCCUACCCAGGAAUACAAAGAGUUUGCAAAGCAAGAAGUCAUCAAGCCUCUUGAACUGGUAUAUUUCUCCUCCUGCUCUGCUUCUGGUGCUCAGAGAAACGGCCUCUGGAGCAGACAACGGAUCAGCACAUAGCAGGAACUCAGGAAAUGCCACCCCAUUAAUCACAGAAGGGAAGCAAGCUCGCCCGAUGGCAGGUGCCUCAGCACAUGGGAUGAUCACUUGGCUUUGCCACGUGCUUGCCUUUGUCUCACACAGUCGCACUCUUCUCCCCACAGAGGCAUUACAUCAUUUGGGCAUCCCCCUUUUUUUCCUUUUCCUUCCUCCUCCUUCUUUUUCCGAUGAAAUGAAAUUAAGCAAAUAUUGCGAGCUUCUCACGGCUCUGAAUCAUGAGCAAAAACAGCUCUUGCAAGGUGCAGCCUGUAAGGAAACGUUUGGAAACAUGCACUGACCAUCCAGGUGCCUGCACUGCAGGUGCCAACCUUUGUGCUCCCCCACAUUUCUGCAGCUUCCCCGUGCCCCUUGCACUGCUCUCUGUGUGACCCAGAAACCACAGCCUCCAAUCAGCGCUGUGCUUCUCCCACCCCAAAGACCCCUGGUGCAUUAUCUCAGCGAGGCUAUUUUCUGGGUUACAUUUUGACUUAUUAAUAGGACUAGUUUGUAACUGGAUGUAUGAAUUCCUCGUUACUGUGUGCUAUGUGUGCACGCUGCUCUGCCUGCCCAAUAAGUCAGAAGACUUCAGAAGUCCCAGGCUCCAGUUAAAAUCCCUCCUGAUGUUUUUAGGCAUCUUCCUUCUGUUUAAACAGAGCUUCACAGAAGGUUUUUAGACCAGGAAUGUCAUGAAGGCAUUAAUUCCAAGUGUGUUCUGCCUCUCUUCCCAUCUUGUUGCUUUCAGUACCUGAAUGAUUCAGCCUGCUACGUGGAUUAGUGUUUUAAGAGAUAUAUCUACGUCUAUGUAUUUUCUUCCCCAAGUCAUUUUGAGCACAAAAAAGCAGGGACAGCAAGGAAUCCUCUCCUGCACACUGCUCAUAAAGUCCUACAUCCAAGGCAGCAGUCCAUUUUGUAUCUGCAACUGGCAACACCUGCACUAUAGGGGGCUUCUAGGGACAAGCUCUCAAAUGGUCACUCAGGCAGCAAGGGAACACUCUCUUUUUAUAUGUGAUAUUUCUGUAACAAUUCUCUAUUGCAUAUUUGAUGAUUUCCAUUAGAAUUCAUCUCACGUUGGUAACACCAGGACCAUCUACCUCUCAGGCAAACAAGCCUGACACUCUAACCCAGAGAUAGACAGAUGAGAUCUUAAUCAUUUCUAGAAACCUGGCAUUCUUUUAUAUUUGAGUGAUGCUUGUAACAAGUGCUAUUUUAAUUCCCCUUUCUGACAUCUCCCCAGUGCUGAUAUUGUGACAGUAAUGACAAGAUAACAAUCUAAAGCCUGAAAAAAAUCUAAGCAGAAGCCAAGAGUUAAAGGGACCCUUUUUCAGUGCAUUUCAACCUCCAAUGUGGCUUUGGUGUAAGUAAGGCCAUAGGAAAUAUAUUAUGUCUUCAGUUGCAAUGAAUGCAGCUUUUUCUGUUUGAUUUUCAAAUCCUCCUACAAAGUAUAUCCGGCACUGGGAUAAAGACAAGAGUCAACAAGCAAAACUGAACAGUCAUGGAAGCAAAAGUGAACAGUAUGUUGUAUUUCCAGGAAUGCAAAAUAAUAAUAAAGUAGCAUUAAUUAUGGAAGCAAAUGAUAUUUUUAAAGCUCAUUUCGAUUUUAUCACUCCAUGACUUUAAGGAGAUAAGCAAGCUUCAAUGCACAAUUGCAAAGUACAGGUUGAGUUGAUUCAUUAACACAUUGCUGGAAGGUUUUCUGAGCAGACAAAGCUCCCAGAUGUCCCAUUUGGAAGGAAAAUAGAGCUUCAUGAACCAUCAUAGAUAAAGAAACAUAACAGGUAACCACAUCACGACCCGCCACUUCGGUUUUAUGUAACACCUCAUUAACCAAGCCACCAUUUCUCUACCUCAGUUUCAGAUUACGUAGUGCAGGAGAGUAACAACACCAAAGAAAGUGAGUUUCCCAUAAGAAAAGAAGCCACCUACUAAUAGUUAUUACUUAUUUUGAUCUGAUUAUUCCAGAACUGUGUUUUUGUUGUACGAGCUGCAAACAAGAGCUGAAUUAUCUUAUCUUGGAGGGUGAUUACUCAUGUUGUUUUGCUACUGCCUGAGAGUUCCUUCUAUUCACCCAUUUGAAAAACAAAGAAGAAAAGGAAUAAAGAAAUAGGUGCAAUGGAACACGAAGCUACCUUACAGUAAGGAAUCAGUAUACAUACGGUGAUGC